AAAAAAUUUAAUCCUGAUCGAUUUCUCAGUGAAGAAUAUGGAGGCACUGGUGAAUUUAAAAGGAUACGUAAGAAUGGAUAUGUACCUUUUGGUGGAGGUUUAAGAGUUUGUCCAGGAAGAAAUAUUGCAUUAAUAGAGCUGAAAUUGCUCACG